GAAGCAGCAGAGAAAGAAAACUUCAGGGAUCUCAGAUUAUCCAGCGUUAUCCAGUCAGCCUAGACCUGUUGCUGCCUACCAGGACCAGGCUGGAAUUGGGGCUGAGAAGGAGCAAGACCAUGUUGGGGAUAAGGCAGCUUGUGCUGUGGACAUUCUGUGCAGUCUGGGUGACUGUCCACACCAUCACUGUGGAAACUCCGCAGGGCCCUAUUAAGGCCACCAGGGGAAGGAGCGUGACCCUCCCAUGCACCUACCGCACAUCUUCACUAGACCGGAAUGGAUUUAUCCAAUGGGAUAAGCUUCUAAGGAGUCACUCGGAAAGAGUGGUCACCUGGACGUUUUCUACCCAAACCUACAUCUACGGGAGCCGUUAUGAGAACCGCGUCAAUAUAUCCACCCAUGCAGAGCAGUCUGACGCCUCCAUCACCAUCGCCCAGCUGACCAUGGAGGACAACGGCACCUACGAGUGCUCUGUCUCACUGAUGUCAGACCUUGUUGGAGACUCCAAGGCACGAAUCCCCCUGCUGGUCCUUGUGCCACCCUCCACACCAGACUGCAGCAUCAGCGGAGAAACUGUGAUUGGGAAUGAUAUCAAGCUGACUUGUCAGUCAGCAGAAGGCUCCCCAGCCCCACAGUACAGCUGGAAGAGCUAUGACACCCAGAACCAGGAGCGCCCAUUGGUCCCACCAGUCUCAGGCCAGACUCUCCUUCUGAAGAACCUCACUACAGCCAUGUCAGGCUACUACACCUGCACCUCCAGCAACGAGGUGGGGACAAACUCCUGUGACAUCACCGUGUCCGUCAGACCCCCCUCCAUGAAUGUGGCCCUGUAUGCGGGCAUCGCAGGAGGGGUGGUUGCAGCCCUCAUCAUCAUUGGCAUCAUUGUUUACUGCUGCUGCUUCCGGGAGAAAGGAGAGAAGACCGAGGUAAAGGAUGCCGAGAGGCGGAAUCGGAUUGCUUACCAGCAGCCAUCAGAGCAACUGAGAGAGCUUUCCAGAAAAAGAGAAGAGGAAGAUGAUUACAGACAUGAGGACCAGAGGAGCUCUGGGCACGAAUCCCCUGACCCCAAGCAGUGACCAGAGCCUGCUGAAGGGUUAGGGCAGGAAGAUCAGGGGGCUGUUGCAUGUUUCCCCUUCCUCUUUCCCUCCCUGAGCCCUAUUUUCCUGCCUCGCCACCCCCCUCCCCCAUACUGGC